AUGCUUCUACUACAUACUCCAGGAUCACUGGGUGAACUUUCGAUGCAACUGUUGCAGGAAGUUGGUUGGACAUUGAGAACGGUCAACCAUAUUCCUCCACCUAUCGGGAGACCUCCAGCACAUAACUUCAUGGAUCAGUAUACAAAACUACGCCUGUUUGAGUUAGACGACUACGAUAUGAUAUUUUAUCUUGACGCCGACAUGAUGGUUGUCCGCCCCUUCUCAGAGAUAUGGUCAUUCCCCGUCCCACUCGCGGCGACCAGAGAUGUCCGAAUGGGGUACGGCUGGCUGCCGUCAAUCAACGCUGGCUCCCUCCUUCUCAAACCCAAUAGACGUCUACUUUCUCACAUGCUCGAGAUUGCACCCACCUAUAAGUACAACUAUGUAUUUGCCGAGCAGGGACUCUUGAAUGGCGAGGACCCAUACUGGGCGAGAGACAUUACUAUCUUACCAUAUAUCUAUAACGGACAGCUUGGGAUCAAGCGCGUCUUCCCAAAGAUCUGGGAGCGCUUCAAGGACGACGUCAAGAUCAUUCAUUAUACAGGGCUGAAACCAUGGCAGUGGUACGAGAAGCCAGAUAUGCCAGUCGAACGGGAACUGUGGUGGAGGGAAUGGGAAGAGAUGCUGGAGGAGCGAAAGGCGCAAGACCUGGUCGAUAUAAGCCGUAUGGGUAGAAAUCCUCGCGAGAUGUAG